AUGGACUAUGUAGCUCUUCAGUUUUUCAUCUGUGGCCUGAAUCUUACAGUAAAAAUGUUCUCACUUUCUAAAUCGUGUGAACCCCAAGCAGUGAUGCUGCCCAUGCCAGCAGAAGAGGCAGUACCUGAACGAGGGCAGCAGUUGCUGUGCUGGGUCAUCAUGCCGUACAUUGGACAUGCUCCAGCUCAGGCAUCUCCGUUCAUAACAGCAGGAGCUUUGUGCGAAGAUCAGAGGGAGACUCUGAAGGACAAAACGGCAUGUGAUCCUGUAGUGCAGUUGGUGGCUCUCGGCCUGGAAACUAAGGGACACAUCGUGGGCUCUUCACAAAGUUACCGCAAGCUUUUCUUUUCCCUUGCGGUAGAACAGCUGCAGCUGACAAAGAAGACAUGGGUUCAGUGCCUGGGCACCGAAAGAGGAGUCGGUGUCUGUACUCCUGAACUGAUGUCGGCCUCAUUCGGCCCCCGAAGUCUGCACAGAGAUGUUGACCUCAUGAAAGCGUGUCAGGAAGCUUUGGAUGACUGCUGUCCACACCAAGGAGAUAAUCAGCUGGAACUGCAAGAGGAGGAGGAGGAGGAGAAAGGCAUAAGUCAAAGCAACCACAGCCACGUAGAUUCCCUUCUCUCCUUGAAGGGCUAUUUACAGCUUCUGUCAUCACAGAUGGAAAAUAUGCUAGAGGUCAAUUUACUGGAAGAUAUACAAGUUGCUACUUCUAGUAGAGGCCAAGACCUAUCAUGCUCACACCACAAUAUAAGUAGUUUGACCCAGACACUUUGCCACUGUUUCAGUCCUCAUGAUGCCACGCUGUUAAGAACCGACUACCCCACUCAAUCAAAUUCAGAAACAAGACAUCUACGAAGGCAAAAGUCUUUUUCUCAGUCAAACUCUAAUAUCACAAAUCAUUGGUCAAAUUUGAUGGGGCUGUUUUCAGCUGCUGACAUUAGAAACCUAACGGCCUGUGAUGAUAAUUUUGAUGAAAAUAAACUCAUGUCUUUGGCUUUGGAGGAAGACUUUGAUCCUAUAGAAGUUUCUCAGCUCCUUGAAGAACGUGGGUCACAUUCAGAAUUGUCUUUGAAUUCAAGUCACAGCACUGCCUCUUACUGAGUCUGCAGUGAAGGUGCUGUUGGGUACAGCAAUGAUGUUAAAUCUGCUUCUUCACACGGCUUAGGAGCUGUUGGUGGCCAUAGCCAAGAACGCAGUAAAUAUGGCCAUGUGGAAUACCCAGGUGAUUCAGAGUGUUCUAGGGAAGCCACGCUUCAGCACUUCCUUCAUAACCACAUUUAUAAUCAGCUGCCAAGUCAAGCAGCAUCCAAUCCAGAGCAUCAGCAGCAGAUGCGGAUGGAGAAACCAAACAAAGUAAAGGGUAGGUGCCAUAAUUCUACUGAUACAAAACUUAGCAGCGAUGAACACCGUGCAAAAGCUCUGAGAAUACCAUUUUUGGUAGAUGAAAUUGUGAGCAUGCACAUUGACUCUUUCAACACCACAUGAGCAAAGAACCAUCUGACAGAUACUCAGGUAUUACUUUUACAUGACAUCAGACGAAGGAACAAAGUUGCUGCCCCAAAUUGUCAUAAACAGAAUGCAAUUCUUGACUUGGAAGAAGACAUAUGUAAUCUUCAAACACAAAAGGAGAGCCUUAAAAAGGAGCACUCUCAGUGUAGCAGAUCAAUCAGCCAGAUGAAGCAAAAGUUAAAUAACUUUUACCAUGGCAUUUUCAGUAGAUCGAGGGAUGACCAGGGUAGAUCUGUUAACCCAUGCCAAUAUGUCAUUCAUCGCAGUAGUGAUGGCAGUGUUUUCAUAAUACCCAAACACUUGGUCAAAUCAGAACAGAAACAAGAUAAUGAAAAAGAGCAGAAACAAAAAUAAGAUGGCUGAAGAUCACUUAGGUUUUAUUUUUCCUGAAAGAACAAUAAGGAUAUUUGCAUGAAGACUGGAGGUCAGUGAUCACAGUAGUACAAACAGAAGACUACACUUGAGGAGGAAGACUGCAUGUUCAAGGGUCUGGCAAAGCCAGCCGACUGGAAUCUGUGAGAAAGUCUACCAGCCAAGGCUUCUGAAUGAGGAAAUCUGUUUAAUUUUAAUUAGAAUUAAAGGAGCUAGGCCAUCAGUCCCCAUGUAGUUAUA